CUUACACUGCUGCUGCAUCUGUUGCUUCUGGUCACCACGGCAUCUGCAUGGUCCUACAGGUAUCGCUUCUUUGGCGGAUCAGUGAACGCUGCCCCAAAAGUGACGAAUACAAACGGGGCUUAUGAGGUGGAACUUCGCAGCAUGCAAACCACAUACUACUGCAAUGUGAAUUCCUACACUUGCUCAAGUGGUCACUGUGGGUAUCAGACCCAAUAUACCACCUCACAGAUUGCAAGGAACUCCUUAGGUCUCUCCUGGUGCCAAUAUGAGGCAACAACAAAAAGAAAACUGAACAAAAACCUCCCCUUCGAGAUCAGAUACCCAGUUAGCUACCACUCCUUCUAUGGCCAAGGCUACUGGAUGGCAAACGUCAGAUCCUCCAUGGCUAAGUGGAGUAUGAUGGCACAUGUGGACCUGGGCACUCGAUCUGACACCGGAAAAUCCAACAGAUCUCCUGUCUUCACCAUGCUGAAUCUUCUCAGAGUCCCAAGGAACUGCCCUCGGACGUACAGCUUGACAGUGUUUGACCCUGAAGGUGACCGUGUGAGAUGCAGACUACCAACCAACUCAGGGACAUAUGAGUGUGGACUGUGUGGUCUCCCCACUGGAUUCUCUGUUGAUCAGAAUACCUGUUCCGUUUCAUAUAAUGACAGUCGACAGAAUGGAUAUCAUCCCAUUGAGCUUGUGGUGGAGGACUUUGCCAGGACACCGAUCAGACUGACCUACUCUGAUGGAUCCUAUGCAAUAAAGCGUCCUUUUUCAAUGAGAAGGGACAAACGUCAACUCCCAUUCCCAGCUGCCCCAUCAACCACCACAUCUGCCCCAACGACCACAGCUGCCCCAACGACCACAGCUGCCCCAACGACCACCACAGCCCCAACGACCACCACAGCUGCCCCAACGACCACCACAUCUGCCCCAACGACCACCACAUCUGCCCCAACGACCACAGCUGCAACAACGACCACAGCUGCCCCAACGACCACAGCUGCCCCAACGACCACCACAUCUGCCCCAACGACCACCACAUCUGCCCCAACGACCACCACAUCUGCCCCAACGACCACUGCUGCAACAACGACCACAGCUGCCCCAACGACCACAGCUGCCUCAACGACCACGACAGCCCCAACGACCACCACAUCUGCCCCAACGACCACCACAUCUGCCCCAACGACCACAGCUGCCCCAACGACCACAGCUGCCCCAACGACCACAGCUGCAACAACGACCACAGCUGCCCCAACGACCACAGCUGCCCCAACGACCACCACAGCUUCCCCAACGACCACCACAUCUGCCCCAACGACCACAGCUGCCCCAACGACCACAGCCGCCCCAACAACCACCACAGCUGCCCCAACGACCACCACAGCUGCCCCAACAACAACCACAGCUGCCCCAACUACCGUGCCUUUCCGAUCAACAAUUCCUCCAUUGAGCAAGCUUCCUCUGCAGUUUUCUAUUUACGUGGAUGGUUUCAACGCUCCAUCAUGCCUUGAUGGUGAUUACUUUCCCGUUUUCUUGGCACCAACUCCGGCUAAUGGGGUAAAUCUUCCUGCGUUCGUCAACCAAACCCUCAAAAUUGAAGUCAGAUCCAAGGCACAAUUCACCACGAUUUAUGACCUGAUUGUGACAGGACCCAGAGGCAUUACAAAGGAGAAAGUCUCCACAGACAAAUAUAUCAUUAAAUGGACACCAACUGACAAUGAUCUAAAUGAUCAUUUCUCAAUUUGCUUUGUUUCUGAAGGAAGAGACAGAUAUGGCCGAGCCUAUCAAUCAGAGCUCCGCUGUGUGACUGUGGACGUUGGGCAUCACGAGGCCGUUGUGACGUGCAAUGAAACAACAGUAACUGUGGAAGUGGAGAAGUCCUACCUUAUCAGACGCAACGAGCACAUCUUACAUCUGAAUGACUUCGAGAAUCCUUCCUGCAACUUGACCAGACGCUCCAACGCAACCCACCUGGUGGUUACCAUGCCGCUGGGCAGUUGUGGGACCAUAGUUGAGGAAGAUGCUGACAACAUUCUCUUCAAGAACGAGAUCACAUCUGCUGACCCAAAUGAAAUCAUUUCCAGACAACAUGAUGUCGAGAUUGCCUUCUGCUGCGUCUACCCGAAGCGAGCCAACCUGACGCUGGGAUUCACCCACAAAAACCCCUACGCUUUCAAAGAGAAAGGCUUUGGUGCUUUCACCUUCCAGUUUGAGUUCUUUGAGAGCCAGCGGUUCAGACAGCAGGUUAAUGACAGCUCCUACCCCAUUGCGGUGUACCUCAAGCAGAUGAUCUUCAUGCAGAUCGAGGCAACCUCAUCCAUCCCCAACACCGAGCUGUUUGUGGAGACCUGCAGGGCGACUCCCUAUGACAAUCCCAAUUCCCGCAUCAGCUACACCAUCAUUGAAAAUGGGUGUGUAAAGGACCCAACAGUGCAAAUCUAUAACAGCUCCAAGUCUCAGUUCAGAUUUGGAAUGGAGGCUUUCGAGUUCAUCGGCGCUCACGAGGAGGUCUACAUCACAUGCUCGGUCAUCCUGUGUGAACAAGGCGUCUCUGGAACACGCUGCAGUCAGGGAUGCCUCAGGUCCAACUCAGGGAAUCGUCGCAAAAGAGAGGCUGUAGCUCAGUCCAGCAGCCACUCCAUUUCCCAGGGGCCUUUGCACCUAGCUAAGAUUUCUGACAGUCAAGCCCCAAACCUGAAUCUGCCCUUUAACCUGGUCUUCGUCGUUGGCUGCCUCCUGGUAGUUGGAGUGGUGAUCUACCGGUCGAGGAGCAACAAAGCUAAAUACCAACGGCUGCCGACCUCUGAGCCAGAGUGAAGACACAAAAACUGCUUAUAUCCAUCCAAAUGCUACAAAAGGUGUUGAUUUACUGUGUCUUUUUGGGGUUCUGGUGCUUUACGUAGUCCUGACAAUGAAAACUAAUUAGUAUAAAUGUGUGAUUUUAAAAUGCUGGGUGUGUCUUUAACUGUGUUUAGGCUUACUCAUUAGAAUUGCUGUCUUAGAAAUUAAAAAUUCAUCAUGGAUGAUGAAAAUCUAUUGAUUUAUUUUAAACUAUUGGCUAUAGAGUUGUUGGGGAAGCAUCAGAGUUAAAAUGAAGCACCAUGGUGAUGAUAAAUUGGUAACAGAAAUGUAAUGUUUUCUCCUUGUAUUGACAAAUCUAUAUUUGCAUCUGUAUUUUGGUGUCAGGCAGAUCCUGUGUUGUUUUUCAUGUCCUCAUUCCAUUUUCCCAGCUCAAAUGAAAUUAUGUGCAUAAAGGCACUACAGAAAACAGGAUAAAAACUUGUAAACAAAGCUUGGAAAAAAAAAAACUUAAAAUACCAACACAGGGCAGGAAAACAUCUUAAAAGAUAGUUUUAUAAAAUAAAACAAACUCUAAAUAUUAUUACUGCUAAGAGCAACCAAAAGUCACUGAAAACAUGUUUUUCUUGAGAAAGCUCAUUGGGCAAGCUGUGGGACUGUGACUCAUUUACCCUGAUUGUGAAAUAGCUCAGCAGUUUUUUUUUUAAAAAAACAUUUUUUUUAGUUAACAAUUUGUAUGUGUUGUGUUGUGAAAAAUGAAUCCAGAGUUUGGAUAGAGACAUGCAUCAAGCAUGGAGAAUAAAAGUUGCUUUCUCAAAAGAGAAUUGCUGAAUUUCUUUCUGCAAUAUCAUGAUAAU